AUGAUUAAACAACAGCAACCACAGCAACUUAAGGCACAAAACACCCAGGUCCUUCAGACCAUUACAUACGCCAUAUAUGCAUAUAAUUCAAAGACGGCAGAACAAACGCAAAGGUUGAAAUAUGGAGAUUUGGAGAUAGUAUUGAAAAAUGAACAUUUCGAAUUCGUUUGCAAAGGUGGUGCAGUGAUAUCAAAUAUAAAAGAAAUUUUAUUUAUGAAUUCUAAAAUUAAAGGUAUAACGGAUGAUAUAACAUCAAUUCCACCAGAAGAACAGAGAUAUUACGCAUUAAAUGCAUUUCCUAAAGUUUUGAAGAUUGGAAGAUUUAAUUUAAAUGAGGAAUUCAUAGAAGGUUUCCUAAAUGACAUAAUGAAGAAGGUGGAUAAGGAAUAUGUGGAUAGUGAGUUAAAUAAGAAGGCAAAUUUGGUUUAUGUUGAUGAAAAAGAUAAUGAAAUUAAAGAAAAGGUUGAAUGGUAUCAUGAAUGGACAUUUGAGACUUUUAAAGUUAAAGCUGAUACAGAAUGGGUUUCAGGAUGUUUAGAUCUUAAAGCAGAUAAAACUUAUGUUGAUGAAAAUUAUGCAAAGAAGUCGGAA